AUGCAAUACAUUUUGCUGACUAUCGCAGCAGUGCUGCUGUGCAAGGCGCAUGCGCGACCCCAAGGACCUGCCACGGAGCCCAUCAAGAUCAUUCGGCAGGAGCAGGAGGUGAACUUCGACGGCUCCUACAAGUAUGGCUAUGAGACAGAAAACGGCAUCAAUGUGGAGGAGGAGGGCUACCUCAAGAAUGCGGGCAUCGACAAUGCAGGACCGGUCGCACAGGGCUUCUUUUCGUACACUGCGCCCGACGGCACGCUCAUACGAAUUACCUAUGUGGCGGAUGAGAACGGCUUCCAGCCACAGGGCGAUCAUCUGCCCACCGCUCCGCCCAUACCACCGGCCAUUCAGAGGGCCCUGGAUUACAUAGCCACAGCACCACCGCCACCCGCUGAUCAGCAGAGCGCCUACACCGCACGCCGAGGCUAACCUAACAGCA